UGAAAGGGAAGAAGCCACGGUAAACGCAGGUCCUGGAUUCGGCAAUACAUACAUUCAAGCUGUAGCUGUAUAGCAGCUGAAUUUACUGUACUUUUCCAUUCUGAUAUUACUGUUGUGCUUUUAUUUAUUUAUUGUAUUAUUAUUAUCUGACAGCAGCAUCAUCAGCAGGAAGGACUAUUGGAUAUUUACUGUAUAACACGCAGAAGAAGACGCAACUGGAAUACUCCUUGUAUUAUAAACUUCGUGUUUUUUGUUCUUUUGUUUUACAUAUAUAUAUAUAUAUUUAUUUUUUAUUUAUUCUUAGAUCCAUUAACACUGAACAUUUUCUACUGAGUGACUUCUUCCCUUUUGAAAUUUUUUAUCUUCCCCGUUUUUCCCUCCCGCUUCCAAACCCUUGUCUGUGUGUUUAACAAUAUCACACCUCCGCUAAACCCUUCCUUCUCUGACCCCAUCCAACACCCCCUGUAAGGUACUGUGUUUAAUGGUGUGCCCAGAAAGCCUAUAUCAAUAACAAAAUAGGCUGGGAACUCAGUUACUAGGCAAAUCAACUCUUCUACAUAUCGCUCAUCAACUGUGGAGUAAGCUGCAAAAGUGUCAUUUCUGGAUAUCUUGCAGAGUUAUUUGUGACCAGCGAAGAAAGUUCACUGUGUGAACAUUUGCAUCGAGCUCUGCUAGGAUAUCACUGAUAUUUUGUCAAACUGUGAUUGAUACCGAAGUGCUGGACAGGAAGAGACGAGGCUCAAAUCUGUACUAACAGCAUAAACAACCACACACAGGUGCUUCUGUGUGAGAGUAAGGAUCAUUGGUAUCAAGGAGCCACAGCCAGCAUGAAUAUGAACAUGGACAUGCCCAUGAAUAUAAAUACGAAGGAGGGGAAAGUGUCCGAAGGGGGGCUCAAUGUCACAUUGACUAUUCGGCUACUAAUGCAUGGAAAGGAAGUCGGAAGCAUUAUUGGAAAAAAAGGGGAAACAGUUAAAAAGAUGAGAGAAGAGAGUGGUGCUCGAAUCAACAUUUCAGAAGGAUCCUGCCCAGAGAGGAUUGUCACAAUUACCGGCCCCACAGAUGCCAUUUUCAAAGCCUUUUCCAUGAUUGCACUUAAGUUUGAAGAGGACAUAAAUGCUUCAAUGACAAACAGUACAGUGACAAGUAAACCGCCUGUGACGCUGAGAUUGGUGGUUCCUGGAAGCCAGUGCGGCUCAUUAAUAGGAAAAGGAGGGUCCAAGAUCAAGGAAAUCAGAGAGACCACAGGAGCUCAGGUACAAGUAGCAGGGGACAUGCUGCCAAACUCCACAGAGCGAGCUGUAACUAUCUCAGGCACUCCAGAUGCCAUCAUCCAGUGUGUAAAGCAGAUAUGUGUGGUGAUGCUAGAGUCCCCACCCAAAGGUGCCACUAUCCCCUACCGCCCCAAAUCUGCCUCUGCACCCAUCAUAUUCGCGGGUGGCCAGGUCAGAGCGGACACCAUCUUGGCUUCAGCAGGAAACCACACCGUCCUGACACAGCCACAACAAGCACCUACUUUUGCAAUCCAGGGACAGUAUGCCAUUCAUCCAGACGUGAGUCCUGCGCAUUUGACCAAGCUUCACCAGUUGGCUAUGCAGCAUUCCCCCUUUACUCCCCUUGGGCAGACCAACCCUGGUUUCCCUGGUCUUGAUGCCACAACGUCUACCAGUUCCCACGAGCUCUCAAUUCCAAAUGAUUUAAUAGGCUGCAUUAUUGGCAGACAAGGAAGCAAGAUCAAUGAAAUCAGGCAGAUGUCAGGGGCACAGAUCAAGAUCGCCAACGCCAUUGAAGGUUCAGCGGAGCGGCAGGUCACAAUCACAGGGUCUCCUGCAAACAUCAGUUUAGCACAGUACCUCAUCAAUGCAAGGCUGAUUCUGAUCGCAAUUCAAGUACCAGGACCUGGACAGAGACAACCAUGGAACUGAAGAGGAACAGUCAGCUGACCAUACAGAACUUUUCACUCUCAGGCAACGGGACCAUGGAAAACUGAUGUUCAGGACUAAUGCCUGGCUAAGGGAUAAUAUUGUCACCUACUGUAAACAAUGUGAAAUUUGGAUGAUUCGUUGAAUAUGUCUAAAAAUUAAUGUAGGGAAAUUAAUAGUAAUGUUAUUUGUAACAAUGGGUUAUUAAUAGAAGUGUUUUAUACAAACUAAAUACAUCUGUGGGUAUUGUAUAAGAGAAUAUCACAAGAUAUAAUGGAGGUUUGUGUAACUGUAUAAGAAGAAAAGGAACUGCUGCCUCCCAAUGUGUUACAAAUGGUUAAGCAUGCACAUACUAUAUUAGCACUUGUUCAAUAUAUAGCGAUCAUUUUAAUAGUUACAGUUAGUUUUUAAAAGAUUCUGAUCUUCAUAAUAGAACUGGUAAUGUAAUUAAGAUGGGAUAUGUUUUGAUAACAUUAAAUGUAAGAUAAAGUUUAAUUAAUUUCUUCUUUUAAGAUAAAACAUACUAUGUUUCUCGAUGAUCAAGAAAUAAUUUGGAUCCCACUUAUUGAAUAAUGAUUUAGUCAUUUUAAUUUUAAGUAGAAAACUACCUGGAUGGAUCUGACAUGAAGAUAAGUAAUGUCAACACCUAUCGGAAUUAGGUAUUCCGGGAAGGAGUAUAUCUGUCAGUUCUCAUACUGAUGGUCACUCUAUGUUUUGUUAUCAAAAAGUGUCAGAUUAAACAGAAGGGUAAGGAUAUCGGCUAUCAAAGAUUAUUUUUGUUAGACUGAGCAGAAUGUAGAUGACAAUCCCAUGACGGGUACGGUCGGAUAUUUCAAGAUCUGACCACCUAAGACAGGCCCAUCACACAGCUGCUUUAAAAUUGUGUGAGCCUGUUUGUUUGUUAAAGGUUCAAAAUGGGGACUGUAAGGUUUUAUAUACAAAACUAUUUCUCUGACCAGUGUGAUUUUCCUGUGUUUAAGGUAAUGUUUUUUUUUUUUUAUCUACUGCUUAGCGUGUCUCUGUCCUUGCAGCUAUGUAAAAUUGCACCCAGCGUGAGGUGUCUCCACGUCUGAAAAUCAUAACAGGAAUAUGUUUAUUCCGGUGGAUGACCACUGUUUAUGCAUCAGUUGUUUCUACUUUAAAUGCUGAUUUUAAUCUUAGGUGGAAACCACAAUCAACCCAACUAAAACCAAUUCUGAUCCAUAAAACUUUGGGUAAAGGUGCCGUUACGGGGUGCUGGCGGGUGUGCCUCCAGAAAAGGGAGGCAGAUUUUCACUACCUGUGGGAUGUAACCUGCCUUGUAUAUUAAUGUCUGCAGCUUAUAUUUCGUUGCUCGAAUAUUACCUGCGAGACCUGUAGGUUUUUACCUGUAGCUUUGUGGCUCAAGAUUUCAUCUGCUGAGCCAUGUAACUGUGCUUACAGUAUUGCUGUGAUUGUGUCCUGUACUGUGUUUGGACUUGCUUUGUU